AUGUUGAGGCAAGUGUCCAUUAUCCAACCUCUGUACGUAUGUUUCAGUACUAUAGUAUUUUUAACCAGCUGUCAACAGCCGGCUAUGUUGAGGAGAAGAUUAAGGUAUUUAUUUGCACAAUAUUAUUUGAUUAACCUGAAGUUGUGUGUGCUGCUGCUGUGCGGUACCAUAUUACUAGGAGAAGUUGGUUGUUUCUUAUGGAAAUUCUUUAGCUGGCGGAUCCCUGCACCAUCCAGCAGUUCACUAAAUCUUCUUCUUAUCUCUGACUCACAAAUACAGGUGAGACUGAACGUUUGUUGGAGGGGUGUAAAGGGAGGUACCCUAAGGCUAUGGACACACCAUAGUAGAUAGCUUUUGGCAUGGGCGGCCACAAAAAUCAUACUGGAUAGGGCUUCUCUUUAAACACAAAAAUGGUUGUGGCAAUGCGAUUUCUAUUACGGCAAGCGAAGCCGUGCCGCGCCGAUCUCUAAAGCCUGGUUUUCACUAGCACAUAAACAUAAGCAUAAGCACAAGCACCCCAGCACAAUAAUGUGUAUAAGCAAGUGAAAACUGGGUCGACAUAAGCAUAAGCAUAAGCACAAGAAAAAUGGACAAGUUUGUUCUUCUUGUGUUUGUGCUUGUGCUUAUGUCGUAGCUUUGACCAGUGAAAACGGGAUCAACAUAAGCACAAGCAUAAGCACAAGGCCAUGGACCAAUCAUAGGUCACUUUGACCCCCGACCUCAUGCAAACAUAUGAAAAGCAAUAUCGUCCGCCAUCUUGUUUAUCAUUGGGUUGAGGAGAGCUGGUAUCGAGAAUUGAGUCAAAUAUGCCAUUCUGCAGGUGCGUAUGUCCUUACCCUUAUGCUUGCGCUAGUGAGAACCAGACUUAAAGUGGAGAGUCAGAUAUGGGAUAGGUGUUCAUACUAUACUGGAUAGCUUUUUGUGGUACCACGAAAAGCUAACAGUAUAAUGCGCCAUAGCCUUAGGUACGCUCAUCUCCAUUUUUCUUUUGCUGGGUAUUUACUAGUGUAAAAACAAAGAAUUAAUAAAGCCGUUUAUUAUUAAAUUUGUUACCAAUCCUGCAUGUCAAUUUUUUUUUUUCAAGCUAGUCGACGUGACUUCCAGGCUGGUACAUGCUAGCUACAGCUUGUCCCUUUGGGGCUGUGAAACUAACUUUCUUUGCACCCUGAUUGUUAUGUCUUGUUUUUAACUUAUACUAUUCUGAAAGGUGUGGUCUGGCCCUUUGUCACUGUUGUAUCAGUGUACCAAUAAGCUGUAAUAUUAUUAUCUAACCAUUUAAAUUGCCUUUACACAAAAGUGCCUACCAUAGUAAGCUUUCCUCCUGAUGUUCUUAGGGUGGUUCAGUCAUUUAGAUAUGUUUUCAACUUAAUUACUGCCGGUCAUGAGAUAUAAUGUAAAGCAAGGUUUGUACAUCAAUACUUUACACUUUUCAUUGGGGUCCUUUUUCGACAAUUAAUAGGCCAUUUGCACUAAGAGGUCAUGUGACAUCGUGUUUAUGAAAAUGAAAGUUAUAUGAUUUUGCCUUUGAAAACCGAUGAAAAAACUGAAAACUGAAAACUUUAUUUAUACUCGAGGGUCUGAAGCUUAUUAGGCUCCUAGCUUAAGUAGCUAAUGAGUCGAGGUUAAAAACGAACAAAGAAGAAAUGAACUGAAUUUAAACUAUUUACAUCAUAAUGCGAUAUUGUUUACAGAUAAUGAUUCUAAAAGGUACAAUAUUAACGAUAGUCUAACAGUUACAUAAAGAGCAGUUACAUGCGUCAAAGGUGAUCUUUCUGGUGCGUGUUACAAAUUUUUUUAAGGGUCGGAGAAGUUCUUAGUUCAUCCGAUUAGUGGGUCAUAUCUUAAACAAAAUAAUAGUGAUUUGGUUUUUCAUCCUGCACCAUUUUCUUAAAAUGAGUAAGUUCGUAGCUCGUCACGUGACCAAAAUUAGGUAUUACAUCUUUCAGAACACAAAUUUUGCACUUAAACUUCAAGGGAAAUGUUGAAAAGAUGAUGUGGUAACGUUUACAGCACAUCUGAGCGUAACUAUCAAACGUUUAACAAGAUGUAAGCAAAAAGUAGUUUUGGCCUCCAUGUUGGAGGGCAAGAGUAUGCCCUCCAACAUGGCAGCCAAUACAAAUCAUACUGCUUUUUUGAAAAAUCAAAGUGCCAUAAAAUAUCUUCCUUAAAUGCAUUCUCUCUCAAAUUUCGGAAGUAAGAUAAUUUUUAUGUGCUCUGUCAAUUUUUGGUAUCAGCUAGAUUCCAACACAUUGUUUAAGGGAAGCAUUGGUCACGUGACCUCUUAGUGCAACUGGCCUAUUUAAGUGCAUCAACAGUAUGGGAUGAGCUACUUUAUGUAAGUCAUUACAUUGGCCUGUAAAUGGCAUUCCAGUCAAUACUCCGCAUAGUACUUUUAUGCUUAGGUACACCAAAUAUUUAUAAGUAGAAAUAACAACAAUGCCUUUCUUAAAUUUUUGGGGUAAAAAUUUGUGUCUAUCUUGUCCAUUAGACAGGUGGUGUCUUAUAUUAAACCCUCCCACCCUGUAUUGAGGUGGUCGUUAUCAAGUACACUAGUUAAUACCACUUCCCUAAUUUAACUUGCGUUCAGUUUAUGUUGAUCUAUGCAAUUCUGCAGGGCUUUAGGAAUGAACCAUCAGGUAUUCUGGGAAGCAUAACCCGCCUAGAUGCUGAUUGGUAUUUACAGAAAGCCUUCAUGUUGUUAAUGAUGGUAUUUACCCCCGAUGCAGUCAUUCAUUUAGGUAUGACCUAACUCUGUCACUUCUUCGUAUCAUAAGUAAUCCAGUCAAUAAAAUUCCAAUUCUUGUAGAACUUUGCCGUUUUUAGGUGACAUAUUUGAUGAAGGAAACAUUGCAACCGAUGAUGAAUUUCUGCAUUAUAAGGUAUUACCAGUAAGAAUAAGUUAAGAACACUUGACUUUCUGUGAAUUAACCCUUAAGUCCAAAUAUCCACAUAUCAAUUCUCCCUACUGAUCUUCAUACAUUUCCUUAAAGAAUUAAAUGAGAGAGUUUGAGAACAGAUCAAAGCAUUUUUCUCUUUUCUUUCGUGCGGGAGUCACUCCCUGGCUUGGGCAAUUGUGUUUAUCUAGAGAAAUUUGAUGUUCAUUCCAUUGCAUUGCCAUCAGUAAAUUGGUGUGGUACUUGACAAUGAUAAUUCAAUGAAACUUGUCUUUGUUAAAUCCCUAACCAUCACAUAUUUUUGAUUCCCAGACCCGACAUGAUAAAAUCUUCAAUGUCCGUGAUGGUGUUACCAAGAUACAUGUUGCUGGUGACAACGAUAUCGGUGGUGAAUGGAUGGACAGUAUAACACAAAACCUCGUCUCCAGAUUCUCACAGUACUUUGGUUCCAUCAAUGAAAUCAUUGAACUUAAGUCUUUUCAGAUUGUGAAGGUAAGAAAACCCAUUUCAAAAAUAAAAAAAAGCAGUUUGUCCCACAGAGACUGACUCAUCUCCAGACAACUCUUUAUCAUUAGCAUGCAGUCGUCAAUUGGUCGCGGUAGACAAGUAUGGCAACUCUACGGAGGAGAUAAUGUUAAUUAGGGAGGAGAAAGAAAUUAGAGACAUUGUCUCACACUUUCUUCCUUGAUCCUGUCUUCUCCUAUAUGAAUUUUGUGCGCAGAGCUGCAAGUAAUAGUCUGUCGUUGGACAAUGUCCCACUAAAAUUGACCCACAUUUUAGAGAUGAAUAAUUCUUGAAUGUUGAUGAUCAUGAUGUCUGGUAAAAAUUUAUACAAACAAGUCUCCACUAAUGACCACCUCUUUACAACAGCCACCUCAGUCUCUUUUUUUGUUUUGAUGGGCAGUCCAUACAUUGACUCUUGUUUAAACGUCUCUAUAAUGGCAACAGACACCAAAGUACAUCCCUAACUUCCAAAUUAAAAUAACCUCUCAAAAACAGCCAGUUUAUUCAGUGACUGACAAAAAGUAAAGAAAUUUGAUCAGUAUAGGUGGGUCGAUGAUUAAUCGCAGCAAGUCUUUCAAUUCAUUUAAGAUUUUAAAUAGAGCACUUUUUUGUGAGAACCUUUUUUAGAACUCACUUAGAACAUACCUGAGGCUGUGAGUCCAGUUAUUAAAGAGCAAUAUUUUAUUUUGCUCAUCCACACAAGCAUUUGACAAGCAACUUGAUACCACCUCGCAGCAAACAAUAUUGAUGAUUGGAUGACCAUUAUAGGCUAAAGAAAGCAUGAACUUGGCACAAUAAACAUUAUUGUACUCCUGGGAAAAAAAAUAAUAAAAUAAAAAACACCCCUACCUCCUCAUAAUGGCCACCUCUCCAUGCCACAACAGCCACUUACUUCUGUCAACCCCCAAGGUUGCUGUUGUGGAGAGGUUCAACGGUGCCGAUGAAUAUCACUUUGCAGAUGAACUUAUGUUCAUAUCAGGGCUGUGCAGCAUCACAUUUUUAAAGUUGCUAUUAUUAAGCUGAAGAAACCUUGUGAUGAGUUGUCGCUUAUGAGUUUUUAAAAAUAAUGAAAAAUUAUACUGAAUACCAUCAUACCCCAGAAAGGUGGUAGUCGUUGCUCACAACAGGUAGUCAUUCAAGAGGCAUAUUGCUUUCAGUGGAAAUAGAUGGUCACACAAAAAUAUCGUAUUUCCUCAAAUAAUAGACUUUAUGGCAAGAAUAUGAUUUUGUCACUCUAACUUUUAAAUCUCUGGACAAAAUACUGUCAUGUUGCCAUUCAGAUCAAACAUUCUUGCUAGAACUUUUGCAUAUUACUUUUGUUUGGCUAAAAUGGUCAGAAAUGGUCCCUUUAUCAGCAGAGACUGACUGGGUUUAGCGUGAACUUUUUUUUGGUUUCUUAGGCCAAGAAAGUUUCCUUUUUAUUUACUACAGGUUAACACCUUAAGUUUAAGAAGAAGUAAGCCAUUUAAGGAUGAAGAAAAAGCUUAUAACAAGACAUUGGAAUUUAUUGAUGAGUUGCCUUCAAAGCUUGACGGGACAAAACCAUCCAUUCUAAUCAGCCAUACAACACUAAAAAGAAUUUCUAACAAAGCAACCAUAACUAAGGUGAGGUCAUGUCUCCAUGUAUUUUUAUAUUAUUCGUUACCGUAAAUGUAGUUGAUUGUGGUGGUACUUUUUAUUGUGAACUUGUCAAAAUGCUUUGGCCAAACAAUCAAGCUACAACCUCAAACAAAACUCUUGAGUCAGUUCCAUUUAUUUUCUCAUUUAGCACCAUACUACACUCCUCUAAGCAGAACAAAGAAAUUAAGCCCCCUCCCAACCCCUGUUGGGAGGGGGCUUAAAAACCUGUAUAAUUCUGGUUUAGACGUUUCCCUUUAUUGUUUAACUCUGAUAUCAAUACUACAAGUUAUUGUUCUUCACUCUUUUAAGGUGAAAUUUGUAAAAACUAUUGUUUUACUAAUUAUUUUUAAAAACUUUUUGUGGAAUGUGAAAUAUGAAGUUAUCACUGUCUUAUUAUAUAUGCACUGUCAAAUGGCCUUUUAAUACUCUGCAACUAAAUUAUGCGUAUACGAUAUUUAGGCACAAACUUAAAAAAAAACAGCUUGCAUGUCCAUUUAUGCCUUGUCUGAAAAUUGAGUGGCAAAACUUGUAUUUGCCAGUCAUAAUGGAUCAUCUCUUGAGAACUUCCACUAGUGAUAGGGGGAAUAAUAGCUGAGGUCAUUAAGUUAGCGAUUGUUUCGAUUUUUGCCUCGGAUAACAAGACAGUUUUGUGCAAGGUUGUAUCUAAUUUUCAUUUUGCUUUGUGAAUCUGGUUAUUUAGUAAUCUGGUAGAGGGUUUUAUUGCAGAGCGAGGGGCUCGCUGGCUCAAUCCCCUAUUCCAGACGAAUACUCAGGCAGUGGGCGGUCUUAAAAUAAACGAAAAAGAAGAAACUGCCUUUGCCUUGCAAACAGCUUUGAAGUCUUUUAUGUGACUCCAAUGACCACAUACGAAUGGCAGAUAGGGUAAUUUACAUGUAUAUCCAUAUAAGAUUUUGAGGUCAUACAAUUCCUCAAAACCUGAGUUAGCAGCUUUUCUAAUAUUAUACACAAGCAUUGUUAUCACCCCUGGUUUAUUGUUUUAUGUCCUGUUUUUAUUCCUUCAAGUUAAUUGAUGCCAUCCAACCAACAUAUGCCUUUUCAGGAGAUAUUCAUGUGGUGAGUAUACUGAUGCAAAAACCUUCUUUGAAAUAACGGGACAACUUUUACAUUUGUACAGUCUUGAAUACCUUGGUAUGUUUGUCAAUAGCAUCAAGACUUGUUUGAGGGUUAGGGGAGAGGAGAUCUAAAAUGACUUGAAACUUAAGAUUCUUAUACUAGGCUUUCAGUUAGUAUCAACAGGUUAAACGUCCACUAAACAUGUUUAAUUAAUUAAAAUUAGAGUCCGGUUCACUUUAGUUAAAGACAGUUUCCACCCUCUUUAUAUACGACUCUAAAACAAUGACAUGGCAGUAAGUAAAAUGUGUAGUAGGCAUGUAGGCGCAUACCCACAUUAAUUGGCACUUACCUGCAUAACCACAUAGCCAUAAAGCCAGGUUGGUGCAUAUAGGCCCUGCCAGGGUAAAUUGCGACAAGCGAUAUGACCCAAAAGUAGCAACAGUGUGUAAAAUGAAAUCGCAACAAGAGGCAACCUCCCUCUGCCAAAUUGCGACAGUGACAUCAAAGCUGACAAUAAGUGACAAGCAUUUAUAAACACCGACACAAGACGUUUUAAAAUUCAGACGGGUGACAUGGGACUCCCCGGCAGGGCCUCUGCAUCGGCCACAUUGCCGGGUAGUAAAUAAUUAUGUAGCCAAUAUAAAUAUGUGUCGGUUUGCUGUUGGUCAACUGUCGGUUAACUGUUGGUAUACUGCCGGCCGACAGUUGGCCGACAGUAUACCGACAUUCGGCCAACAGACUUUUAGGGGAGCUGUUCUUCACUUUUACCGGCUCUUGUAUAUGUUACAGGUCAAAAUUAAAUUCAGGUUUUCAAUUUUUAACCCAGGUUGAUUCUCAAUUUUGUUUGUCUCCUAGCCAUAAUUAUUCAUGGAUUAGGUCUAGGAGACAAUGGAAAUUGAGAAUCAACCUAGGUUAAAAAAAUUUUAACCUGAAAUUAAGACCUGUAACAUGUACAAACCUGCAAAAAUGUGCCAGUUUGGACCCUGAGUCUGAGAUCAUAUUGAGAAAAGUGUCUCCACUGUUUUCUAGCCUGCUUCAUUUCACCACCUUAUUGGAUCCGUCCGUUUUACUGAGUAUGUAGUACCUACAUGUAGCUAUCGAAUGGGAACUGACAAGAUGGGUGCUGCUAUAGCUAUCCUAGGUAAGGUCACUCAAACAUAAUCAUCGGUCAGCAGCCCUCUUUGGCUCCAGGUGAAGGGGUUAAGAGUGUUACAUGCAUUUGCGCAUGUACUGAAAAUUCUGAAUGUUCUUCAAUUUUUAUUACUUUGACUUCAGCAAAUGGCUUUUAAGAAAUUUUAAAAAGUGCUUUACAAUGGCAGUUUGUAAAAGCAGAUCUGCCUGAGGAGUUUUGUGAUGAUUAACGGUUGUUAAUGCAUUUAAAUUAUGUUUUUCUACUACUUUGACUUUUAUAAAUGGCUAGUAGGAAACUAGAAAUUUGACAAAUGGUGUGUUACAACUGAUUUUUAAAAAGGCAGUUCUCUUCUUUUGUAUUUGAGAGCCCCUUGUAUUGUUUAAAUAUGGAAGAAAUCACAGGUAAAUGAUUCCUGGUGUGGCCAGGGAGGGGGGUGCUGGGCAAGUGUAGUGGGUAAGAAGCAAUUAUUAUUAUACAAGUUUAAGUUACAUGGUUUUAGUUUUCAGAUGCUUGUGUAUUCCAGAUUGUUUUAGAAUUUGGGAGUGGGAUUGUUGGUUAAUGUAGAAAGGGGAAAAUUAGAGUUCUUGGAGGAAAAAAUAUGUUUUGCUGCAGAAAAGAGAACCAAAAGCAAACUGGGUUAAAGCAUAGCAUCUCCUCCACCAUGUUGGUGAGAAGUGAGUGCCCUUACUACCUGCCCUCUUUACUCCUCGCUGCUCCUUUACCUUGACCAUCUUUUGAGCAAUUCAGGCCUGCAUAUCAAUCGAGAGAAGAGACUGUCCCCCAAAAAGUUUGUUGUAGGAAGAGGUGUAUUUCUCUAACCUGUGAUUACAUGGAACCUUAUGUGGCACUUAAUAAACCUGAUACUGUGAUUUAUCUUCUAGGUACUGAUGGUUCCAUAGACUAUUCCAUUCUUUCACUGCCAGUGAGAUACCCAUUUUUCCGUACAUACUUGGUUGUCCUAGCGUACUGUUUGGUGUCAUUUCUUUGUUGGUUAAUUUCAAAUGCUUUUAGAAUACUUCCCAAUACAAUCUGUUGUCUGUUAUCACGAUAUGUCUGA